GUUUAUGUUAUCUCAUGUUUACAAAUUUUGUGGAGGCAUCUGCCUCACUAACGUUUAGCCUGCGUCCGUCACUGGCACCAGCAGCCAUAAUUGUAAAAGGUAAAUUAUUUCAGUCAAACCCAUGAAUCUCCCAGUAAGACGAAAGUUAGAUAGCAUGAUAAUGAGUUGCAUGAUAAAUGUCAAAUUUAACUAGUACCUGUUUGGAGUGUGUGUGUUUUUUUACUUUUACCCACUCAAGAGAUAAAAAAAUUCCUUUCGCUUUCGACCCAGCUACCUUUAACGAGUCUCCAACUAUUAAUAGAAUACUGGGCAAUGUGUCCUUGAUACUGAUGUGGAUUCUCCCAAUUUGCAUACCUCUAUUGAACUGUUCCUUUCACUUUUUCUGCCACUCUCUGCCACCCUCCCUCACCCUCCACUAUCUCUCUAUAUACUUGCACCCUUCCAAAAACACACUUCUAAUUUAUGACACAAAACUGAAAAUUAAGCCAUUUUAUUUUUCUUUCUCUCUGAAAAUUAAGUUUGUUUCAAACCACAAACUUGAGAUAGUAGUUUCUCUAGAGGGUACAACUGGCAUUAGGGGAUAUAUCUAUCUAUCUAUCUCAAGUUAACUCAUCAUUUAAUUUUGCAACUUAGUUGUCUCUUGGUUAGUUAGAUGGGGAAUGAUUUUCAAGAAGUGACAUGAUAGGCAUUCAUGGCUUCACUUAAUUCAUAUCAGAACUCCACCAACACCAUCAUCACCAUUUUGCUUGUCAUGGUCUUCCUGCUGCACCAUCUGCUCUGUCCAGUUUCUUGUAUAAAUCAACCUCAACCUGCAAUUCCUCCAAGGGACCAAUUUUUGGAUGAGAAAAACAGGCUAGGUUCAAUGCCUCCUACAUGCCACAACAAAUGCAACCAGUGUCAUCCAUGCAUGGCAGUGCAAGUUCCAAACUUGCCUAGCCAUGACCGGGUUGUCGGGCCGGGUGUGCCCCGAAUCGCUUCCAUGGAAGGUCUAUUUCUUCAAGCUAACAACAGGUACUCCAAUUACAAGCCGUUGAGUUGGAAAUGCCAUUGUGGUGGCCACUUCUUCAACCCUUAGAAAUCAGAAUCCUAAUUUUGAGUUGUAAAAUGGAAAUUGCCCCUCUUCUUUUUGUUUUUGGUUUUUUUUAUGUAAAUUAUUGGCUUAUUGCUGAUAUUGUGUCUGAAUGGUCAACAAUGGGAAUGCUUGGGUUUCACAUAUGGGUUACUGGCGUCAGCAAUAUUGAUUGUGUACAUGGGAGUUUGAUAAACUUUGUACAGAGUUUGUUACA